AUGCCAAUACAUCUUUUAAAUUUUCAGGAAGUAUUGACCUGCACCAGACCCAUCGACUCAAUUCCCUGCGAAGAAUCACCUAAUUUCUACCACUUGAAUGAAGAAAUAGGUAAAGUAUCAAACAAAACCACCGAACCAGAAAAGAAAGAAAGCAGAAAAACACAGAAACGAAAAGAAGUUAAAAGAAAAGAAAACAUCGUGAUGGAGAACUUUAUAAAAGAUAUUGUAAAAGAUGAAUUGAAGGACAAAUUAGAAGAGAUUGAAUUUGGAAUAAAAAAUACAGAUGUAGUUGAAAGUCCUAUAUUAAUAGAUACAGUUAUUGAAGACGUAGACGCAAUGAGUAGUCAAGAAGAGAAAGAAAAAGAAGAGGAAUUGGAUAGAAUGAUUAUGGAACGAAAUAUGAGACAAGAGAGGCAGAUGCGGAGAGGAAGUUUUAGGUUUAAAAGUGAUGUAUAA